AUGGUUUUUUUUUCAAAAAGUCACUUGUACCCAUUUCACUGGGAACAUGUAAUAAAUGCAUUCUGGAACAAAUAUCCCAAUGAUCUUCAAUUUCACGUUAGAAGAGUUGAUAUAAUUAAUUUUGAUUUUGAUGAAAAAAAUAAAAUUUUGUAUACGAAAAGAUUAUUUUCUCUUAAGUACAACUCGCCAAAACUUUUGGAGCGGAUUAUUGGCAGUAACUUAACUGGGAUUGCAACUGAAGAGACUAUGUGUAAUUUUAAUAAGAGAAAACUUAUUGCUAACGGAUCUAAUUAUUCAUUUAAUAAUAUUUUUUCAAUUAGGGAAACUUGUACUUUUACACCAAGCAAUGAAAACUCAGAAUCAACCUUGUAUACACAAGACAUUACAUUCAAACUGUUUCAAAGAAAAAAUAAGUUCAAAUGGAUAAACAAGCUAUUCGAAAAUGCAGUAAUACAAUCAUUUAAUGAGAAAUCAUUAAGUGGCAUAAAGGCAAUGUAUAUUCAAAUCGAUAAAAUUAAAUCACUGUUAAAUCAUGAAAAUAAGGUAAAAAAAAGUAUUUAUGAAUCACCCAGUUUUUUUAUACCAAAUUGCUUGUACAAAAAAAUUUAA